AUGUCAGGUGCAGCACAGGCUGCAGAGGCUGCACCCGUAGGACCGCCUAUGGGAGAGAUUUCGGCCCGGGAAAAUAAAAAACUUGCGGAUAAGUACAUAAGGAACGAUAACCAACACUCGCUAUCUCGGGGCCAUUACGCAGCCAAAGCUGAUUUCUUCUUUGAUUUCGAACAGAUUUCAACGUUUUACUAUGCGAACGUAGCCUCACAGUGGCAGAUAUUCAACGGCGACAUGUGGGCCGAUCUGGAGCAGUCGACCAGGUCAAAGUUGAGCAAAGAAAACGGCACGUCCACACAUGUGAUCGUCACCGGCACGUACGACACAUGCACGCUGGCCGACGUGGACAACGUCCAACAACCACUGUACCUUGACCUGCCUGGUGCCAUACGCGUGCCGCGGCUGUUCUACUGGAAGCUGCGUACUACGAUGUGGACGCGGCGGACGGCAUCGUGUACAUCGGCCUCAACAACCCGUACAAGGAGAUCGACGACAGCGUGUACAUAUGUCCGAACAUAUGCCCGGACGGUUACCAUGGUCGCGGUUACCAGGGCCGCGAUCACCGAAACGAUAAGGCAGAGACCGAACCCGGCCGCGGUCACCGGAACGAUCCCGAACCGGACGCCAACGACGGACUCGUCUACUGCAACUGCUGUACCAAAAAGUCGUACGAAGAGGUUUACGGCGAGCUGGACCCAAUCGUGUACAGACAGCUGA